AGGGAAAGUGUUGGUCUUUGCAUUGUUGGGUAGGACCCUAAGGGUGUCUUAUGUUGCUCCUGAAGUUCUCUCUUACCAGAUCUGAACAGAUUCAUGUCAAAGAUCAAAUCAGAAUGGAAGCAUCUCAACCAUGGAAGUAAUCUCAGAUUUCAUUUAACCUUUAUCUGGACUCAAAUUUUGCCUUCCAAUUGCUCAGGCAGCUUUUCUUUACAACCCAUUCCUCUAUAGAAUGUCUCUAGUAUUUGGAAUAUUCAUCUUUUAAACAGUCAUCAAUUUGUAGCCCAAAGCACUUUGUUGUCUCUAGUAUAGCGUGUUUCUUCUUAAUAUUCCCUGCAAUUCCAGCACAAAUGGUGAGAAAGAAAUGGAAAGGAGUAAGCAUUUCUUUUCAAAUACUAUUUUCCAGGUUCUGUGGCAUGACAUUUCUUUAAAAUACAGCAACAACAAUAUUGUUUAAGUAAAACUUCCAGCAGAUAACUUUUUUUGACUAUUCUAAAUAUCUUAAUUAACAAUAAAGAACAAAAGAGGAAAGAUUCUAUUUAUAUCCAGAGAAAGGGAGGAGGAGGGUUUGGCUCUUUUUCAGAACAAGUAGGACAACAGGAUAACGUGACACUUCCUAUUUGGAGUUACUUGCUUUAUAAGCACUACUAGGUAAGUACAGACUGAUUUGUGUGAACAUGAUGGGGUGAAUCUCACAAUGGAGAAGCAAAUUACAAACUUCUCUCCGUCUUCAUCCCUAACUGAUUUCCAUACCCAGGAUUUCCAGUUCCCAGAGAAGAUAUGAUCUUUUAUUUUAACCAAAGGGAAGCACCAUGGAUGCUGGCCCAAGAAGGCCUGAGGAGCUGCCCUCCAGAAGAUGCAAUUGGACUCGAAAUGAAGGAAACUACUGCACACCCAAGCCUUUCUGUAGUGGAAAGUCACAAGCAAAGAUUCAUAAGUGAUGGUCCCUGUGACUUGCCCUGGAGAGAAAUUUGCGUGAUGCGUGAUAUCAUCAACUCUGGAGAGAAUCAAGGUGGAAUAGCUUUUAGAGAAAAGAGAGCUCUUGCUAGAUAUCAGGGAGUCCACACUGUAGAGAAACUCUAUGAAUGUAAGCAGUGUGGAAAGGCUUUUACAAAAAAGGGCAAUGUUAUUGUACAUCAGAGAAUCCACACUGGAGAGAAACCUUAUGAAUGUUACCAGUGUGGAAAGGCCUUUAGACAUAAGACUACUUUUACUGUACAUCAGAGAAUUCAUACUGAAGAGAAACCAUAUGCAUGUUACCAAUGUGGAAAGGCCUUUAAAUACAAGACAAAUCUUACUACACAUCAGAGAAUUCACACUGGAGAGAAACCUUAUGAAUGUAGCCAAUGUGGAAAGGCCUUUAGGCAAAUAGGAGCUCUUACUGCACAUCAGACAAUCCACACUAGAGAGAAACCAUAUGAAUGUAACCAGUGUGGAAAGACUUUUACAAGAAAUGGGACUCUUACUGCACAUCAGAGAAUCCACACUGGAGAGAAACCUUAUGAAUGUAAGCAGUGUGGAGAGACUUUUGGGUAUAAGCAAAGUCUUAUUGUACAUCAGAAAAUUCACACAGGUGAGAAACCUUGUAAAUGUAACCAAUGUGCAAAGGUCUUUAGAUAUAAGACUAAUUUUAGUGCACAUCAGAGUAUCCACACUGGAGAGAAACCUUAUGAAUGUAAGCAGUGUGGAGAGACUUUUGAGUAUAAGCAAAGUCUUAUUGUACAUCAGAAAAUUCACACGGGAGAGAAACCUUAUAAAUGUAACCAAUGUGAAAAGGCCUUUAGCUACAGGGGAGGUCGUACUAGACAUCAGAGAAUACACACUGGAGAGAAAGCUUAGGAGUAUAACCAGUGUGGAGAGACUAAAAAAUUCAAAGGUCAUCUCCUGCUCUCCUGGAGGCCCUAGACUGGCAGGGCAGACACUACACCAAAAGCCAUGUAGAAAACCACCACAAGCCAGAUGAAGUGGAUAAAUUUAGUGCCUCACUAAAUCAUUUGUUAGUGAGGAUAACAGUGGUUAAUGAAGAAGAGAACGACUGGGAAGGACAUAGCCAAAAUGGAAUCAAAUGACUACCAUUUCUAUAGCACCUACUGUAUAUCAUACACUUUGCUCUUUCAUUUUAUCCUCAUGAGAACCCUAGAAUUAAGUGUGAUGGUUAUGCUCAUUUUACAGUAUAAGAAACUUAGGCAAAUAGGGGUCCUGGAAAUUGACUAGUCAGUUUAUGAGGUGGGAUUAAAGCUCAGGUUCUCAUGAUUAAAAGCUGUAUCCACUGUACCA